AUGGGGACUGAAACUACCAGACACGAUGUCAAGGAUAAACUGAGGGGCGUCAAGGGCAAAAUGAAAAGGUUGUGGCAUCGAGACCACGGGACUGUAAGUGAUCCCGAUCAAAUCAGCCAAGGCUCUUCAACGGGUCUGGAAGCUCCGCCCACCCACUGUCAAGAGACGCACGAGUCAAAUGACAGGCAACGCGAUGUCAAAAGUCAAGGCCUAGAGCAACACGAUACUGUCUCACACGACACGCCAGACAGGGACCAGUGCGACCGGUCAAGACAACGGGAUCAAUCAGUGGAUUAUUCUUCGAUCCAGCCUGCAUCUGCCCCUCCUACGAAACCGGAUCUGUGGCAACGCGCUUUUGAUGACCUCGAGCCAGAGAAGCAACAACUUAUCAAGUCUAUACCGAUUCCGAAAUGCAAUAAACCGAUCGACUGCGAUGAUGCGAAUAUCAAUCCCGAUACUGUGGGUCAUUUAAAGGCACUCAGUGGGGUAGUCGAAACUGUGAAGAUCCAAUACGAAAUCGACCAAGAAAAAUCCAAGAUUAAAGAACCAGCCCAAAAGAUCAUCAAGGCUGUUCUUAGCUUCCAGGACUUUAUCCAGGCAGCUGUGACAUUCGACCCAACAGGACAUGCGAAUAGUGUCUGGGCAGUCGUGUCCCUAGGACUCACUAUGACGCAAAAUUAUCGCAGUCAGAAAGUGACUUGGUUGGAAUCUUGCGCUUUCCUUACGGACAUUAUUGCCCGGUAUAGCUUUGUUGAGAACGAAUAUCAAAAGGACCCAAAUACCGACGAACACGUUGAGACAGCUCUUGUUCAGAUAUAUAUCACAGUUCUAACAUUUGCUGCCCUGGUCCAGUCACUUUAUGAUCGCGGCCGUGCUGUCUGGAUCUGGAAGAGCAUGCCUGGAGAUUCUCUUUCCAAACUCCAGGGAUCUAUUGAUGAAGCGGAAUCACAUCUGGGCCGAUGGCUCCAGAUAGUUGACCGGCGUGAACACAGGGAGAGAGGAAAUCAGCUACUUGAAAAGGCGGAUCAAAUACUGACCAAAAUUGACUGCAUGCUGGACUCAGUCAAUGAAAUCCAUGACAAGAUCAUCCUUGCUGAGCUUAAGGUUGCAGAAGAGGCUCAUUAUAACGCAUAUACCGGCGAAGAAUAUCAAGAAUGUCUGCAAGAGACUCGAACUGCACUUCUUGAGGAUAUCAAGAGCUGGGCCACUGACCCAGAUAGGCAAGCUGUGUUUUGGCUGCAGGGCAUGGCAGGAACAGGAAAAUCCACAGUGUCACGGACGGUGGCUCGGUGGUUAGAUGAUGAGGGCUUGCUUGGUGGCAGCUUCUUUUUUAAGAAGGGCGGAACAGACCGUGAGGAUGCCAGACGACUUUUUACCACGCUUACUAAACAAAUGAUGGAGAGAUUAUCUCGUCUCCAGCAGCCAGUCAAGAAGGUAAUUAGGGACUUGCGUGAUAUUGGAAGCCGCAAUCCACAAGAACAGUUUAAUGAACUGCUUUUUAAACCCCUCAAGAGCCUCGAUCUUGGCUUAAGGACUCCGUUGAUCCUGGUAGUCGUCAUCGACGCUCUGGAUGAGUGCCAAGUUUCAGCUGACGUCGCGGCCUUUCUCUCAACUUUGCCUAAGUUGAAUAACUUGAAAGAUGUCCAGCUACGAGUGUUUAUAACUAGUAGGCCAGAACCACCUGUCAUCAAGGGUUUUCGACCGAUCGACAAGGACGUGAUCAUUCUCCAUCAGGUGAAGAGGUCGACUAUCGAGGACGAUAUCUCAAUUUUUCUCCGGAAAAAGCUUAAUGGGAUAAGAGAUGAUCACGACGAACUACCUCAAGACUGGCCUGGGGAUGAGAACUUUAAGGCCCUAGUCAAUAUGGCUGUUCCUCUAUUCAUCUACGCCGCGACAAUAUGUCGGUUCAUUAAUUGUGAUGGAGAACUACCAGAUGCCCGACUCCAAGCUAUCUUAUCCUCACGCUCAAGCGACGGGAUGAAGAUUGACAGUGAAUAUUCAAAAUUGACUGAUAUCUAUUUCCCAGUCUUAGAGCAUAUUGUGUUACAGAAAAAGCCGAAAGAACGAGAGGACUGGAUGGCCGACUUCUACCGAAUCAUGGGUACUAUUGUUCUUCUCCUCAGCCCGCUCUCAUCGGUCUCCCUGGCCAAGCUCAUUUGUUUUGACGAAACCAAAGUCCGAGGCAGAUUGAAUUCUCUCCAGUCUGUGGUAUCAGUACCAAAAGAAAAUGAUGCCCCCAUUCAGCUUCUUCACCUCUCAUUUCGCGAGUUUCUGGUUGAUCAUUCAGCAUCCGAUAAGUUCUGGAUUCAUGAAUCGGCAGGCCACAUGCAACUUGCCAAGGAUUGUCUUCAGUAUAUGGACCGGAAACUACAGAAAGAUAUAUGCUGUCUUUCACACCCAGGCGUGAAAAGAGAUGAGAUCGACAGGGCGGCACUCGAGAGAAAUGUUCUACCUGAACUUCGAUAUGCAUGUCGAUACUGGAUACGCCAUUUAGAGAACAGUGAACCAUCCGCUAUAAACUGGACAUUAAUAAAAGGUUUUCUAGAGUCGCAUUUCUUGCAUUGGGUGGAAGUGAUGAGUCUUUUUGGAUGGGUUUCAGAAAUAAUUCACAAUAUUACAGCUUUGCAGUCACUAGGAAAGUCACACUGGCUAGCUGAUUUUCUAUAUGAUGCAAAGCGAUUUGUUCUGAAAAAUCGCCAGAUAGCCGAUGAAGCGCCACUUCAGAUCUAUUGUGCAGGACUGGUAUUUUCUCCUCGAACAGCAAUAAUCCGUGAGAAGUUCCAGUCAGAACUUCCUAAUUGGAUCUGCCAGUUCCCAGAAGUUUUCGAGAACUGGAGUGCAGAAUUGCAGACGCUCGAAGGCCAUACAGACUCGGUUGAGUCGGUGGCUUUGUCACCUGAUGGCCGGCUACUGGCGUCCGGCUCAAGGGAUAAAGCAGUACGGCUCUGGGACCCAGCCUCGGGCGCUCUUCAACAGACACUUGAAGGCCAUACAUCCUCGGUUCGGUCUGUGGCUUUCUCACCUGAUGGCCGGCUACUGGCGUCCGGCUCAAACGAUGGGACAGUACGGCUCUGGGACCCAGCCUCGGGCGCUCUUCAACAGACACUUGAAGGCCAUACAGACUGGGUUCGGUCUGUGGCUUUCUCACCUGAUGGCCGGCUACUGGCGUCCGGCUCAGCAGAUACAACAGUACGGCUCUGGGACCCAGCCUCGGGCGCUCUCCAACAGACGCUUGAAGGCCAUACAUCCUCGGUUCAGUCUGUGGCUUUCUCACCUGAUGGCCGGCUACUGGCGUCCGGCUCAGCAGAUAAAACAGUACGGCUCUGGGACCCAGCCUCGGGCGCUCUCCAACAGACGCUUGAAGGCCAUACAGACUGGGUUCAUUCUGUGGCUUUCUCACCUGAUGGCCGGCUACUGGCGUCCGGCUCAGCAGAUAAAACAGUACGGCUCUGGGAUCCAGCCACGGGCGCUCUACAGGGAAUCCUGAGCACUGAGGGUUUUAUCUCGGAGCUCGAAUUUUCGCCAGAUAGCUCCUAUCUCAAAACUAACCUAGGAUCAUUCAAGAUACAAUCCAGCUGUGGCAACCCUAUCCCCAAUUCACUGAAUAUCGACCCAUGGGUAUCUCCACAGAGUGAAUGGAUAGCUGUAAACGGGAAACAAGUCUUGUGGCUCCCUCCCGAAGCUAGAUAUUCUUGUUCAGCGACCAAAUCCAACAUACUUGCCUUAGGACACCAGUCAGGUCGGAUUUCUUUUUUAGGAUUCCGGAAAUAA